AGCUUCGAGUGGCAAAGUGACAUUUGGAAUUUAUGUGUGGCGUGCAAAGGAGGAAAUAUCUAACGGUGCAACAUAUUAAUACAUAACUCUGGAAAUUUCGGUACAACUGACAGUUUUUGUGUAUUAAAAUGUGAAAUAAUGUUGAAAUCAAAACGCAAUACUAAAUAAUAAAUUAAAAGUUAACAAUUUGAAAGUGUUAAUACGGUUGAGUUAAUAUAAAUUCGUCUGCAGAUAAUUUGCUAUACGGAAAAAUUUGUACGAGUGCGUAAGGAAAAAGGAAGAAAAUAUAUGUAUAUAUGUAUAUAUAUGAACAGCGCCGAGUGAAAGGUAGCUGGCGCAGAGAGCACAGCAAUUACUCGCGACCCAACCCCGCUGUUUUGAACAGCAACAACAACAACAAAUGCAACAGCAGCGGCCAUAAAAAUAAAUAUCAAAUAAAAAAUGGCUUAAGUGUGCGCACUCAGAGAGUGUAUCUACAUACGUGCGUGCGUAUGUAUGUGGGUGCGUGUAGGUAGGUAAGUGUGCGUGUAAGUUCGAGUGCUACAACUCCGAUAACGGCAGUUCGGUCUGACCUUUUUAGCUUUUACUGCCCUCUGUGCACCUUGUAGCGACAGUCGGUCGGUCGGUCGGUCGGUUAGUGGCGGGGUGUUCAUACUGUCAUUUGGCGUAUAACCGUUAUCGAAGCGUGUAUUUCGUACAAACCAAAGCGCUGCAAAUCGGUAAAUGUCUUCGUGUAGACUUGUCAAACGAAACACAAAUGGAAAGUGAUUUUAACGGUGAUAAGUAAUUGAAAGGAAUUGAAGUUUUUUCAUAUGUAUAUAUGUAUGCAUGAUACCUGUACAUACAUAGCUAGUUUGUAUACUUGUGCGGCGGCGAAAUCUCAAUCACCAUAACUCCUAAUCAAUGAAAAAAUGGUAACGAUGACUUCAGAGGUGGACAAAACGCAAACUUCAAUCGUCUUGGCUGCCAAGUCGGCAGCCGAAAGCGCCGCCAGUGCAAACAGUGCAAUUGGGGGCGAGGAAAUGGGCCACCGCCAACGCAUAGCGCUUGAGGGUGGUGACAAUGGUGAGGUUGCGGCGCAAACGCUUGCAGCAAGCAAAGUAACGAGCGGCGAUAAUUGUAAUGAAGUGUCGGAAAAAAUCGCAAUCACAACAAUAACUACAACAAAUAUGAAGCCAUUAGAGUUGUCAAAUGUGACAAUUUCGAUUGAAUUGGCGAGCGAGGAUGACUCCUCAACAGCUGCGACGCCUGCCACGGUCGCUGAAGCAGCUAUAUCUACAACAAUAACACCGGCCACACCGGUAACGCCAACCACACCGCAAGGAGCAACGCCCAAAACGGUAGUUACGCCUGUCGUUGCGCCACCGCCUGCCACAUCUACGAAUACAGCUAAUAUAUCAGCAACAACACCAACAGCAACAGCUGUAGAAGCGCCAGCACCAACAACUGCUACAACAACAAAAACAGAGAAAACAACUGCAGGCGUUGAGGCGGCGACAGCCACCAAGUGUAACGAAAAAACUACCAUUACAGACACCACUAGUUUCACAAUAAAUGAAAAUGUUGUUGUCAAAAGCGAAAACAGCAGCAACAACCAUAAGACAACAACAAGCAUCACAACAGCAAACGUUACAACAACUGUCACCGUUGCAACUACCGCCACAGUUGCAAGCGGCAAAACAAUACUAUCCACCAGCACCACCACUACAUCAUCACCAAUAUCAUCAUCGUCAGCGCCAAAGGUGAAUUUCAACAUGAACAGCGCCAACAGCACCACAAGCAAUAGCACAUGCACCUCGAGUACGAACAGCACCAGCAGUGUGACCAGCAUGUCUACACCGGCUGCCGUGGGUGGCAUCACUGGCAACGGCAGUGGCAAUAGUGCCGCCAGUACCGGUUUGGGUGUGAGCAACAGUCACUAUCAUCAUCAACAUCAUCAGCAGCAGCAGCAACAAAGCGCUCAACAUGGGAAAUCGUCGGCCAGCAGUGGCAGUGGUGGCGGCGCGGACGGCUCCCAUACUGCGCUGCCUGGUGCGAAGCCUUCACUCACCACUGGCGCCAUUCUAAAUCACCCACAACAGCGUCGCAACGAAGAUGCGCCCAAUAUUCUGGUGUACAAAAAGUAUGGCUUUCUUGCAAACCCACAGAUGGAAGCAAUUAUUGAGAAGAUGCAAGCGGAAUCUACGGGUGUGGCGGUGCGCACUGUCAAAGCGUUUAUGAGCAAAGUGCCGUCGGUCUUUACCGGUGCCGACUUAGUCGCUUGGAUACUAAAGAACUUAGAUGUUGAAGAUGUGACUGAAGCAUUGCACUUUGCGCAUUUGCUUGCAUCACAUGGCUACAUUUUCCCCAUCGAUGAUCAUCAGUUGACUGUGAAAAACGAUGGCACUUUUUAUAGAUUUCAAACACCCUACUUCUGGCCAUCAAAUUGUUGGGAGCCUGAGAACACAGAUUAUGCCGUGUAUCUGUGCAAGCGCACGAUGCAGAACAAAACCCGACUGGAAUUGGCCGAUUACGAGGCGGAAAAUUUAGCCAAACUACAGAAGAUGUUCUCACGCAAAUGGGAAUUCAUAUUCAUGCAGGCGGAGUCACAAAGCAAAGUGGCCAAAAAACGUGAUAAGCUCGAGCGCAAAGUAUUGGACUCACAGGAGCGCGCCUUCUGGGAUGUUCACCGACCAAUGCCAGGCUGUGUAAAUACAACCGAAAUCGACAUUAAGAAAGCAUAUCGACGUGGCGGUCACGGUUGCGGCACAUCCGGCGGUGCUGUGGCCAAGAAUCCCGUCGAACAGGUGACGCGUGUGAUUGGUUUGCGCAAACAAAAGCUCGAGCGGCGCACAAUAAAAGUGUCAAAGGCAGCCGAAGCUUUGGUUGCCUACUACGAGCAAUACAAUGAAUUUGAUUACUUUAUAACAUCACCCGAGUUGCCAAAUCCUUGGCAAACGGACAGCACUGAAAUGUGGGAUGCGGAACGUAACUCAAAAGAAGUACCUUUGCGUCAUGUAAAACGUUGGGGCUUCAGUUUACGUGAGCUACUAAACGAUCCCGUUGGACGUGAGCAAUUCACGAAAUUUCUCGAAAAGGAAUACAGUGGCGAGAAUUUAAAGUUUUGGGAGUCGGUGCAACAGAUGAAAACACUACCACAAUCUGAAAUCAAAGAAGCAAUACACAAAAUCUGGCAAGAGUUUCUCGCACCCGAUGCACCCUGUCCGGUGAAUGUGGACUCGAAAUCAGUGGAAUUGGCACGUGAGGCCGUCAACGCCGUGAAUGGGCCGAAUCGCUGGUGUUUCGAUGUGGCCGCUGCGCAUGUCUAUCACCUCAUGAAGAGUGAUUCGUAUUCCCGUUAUUUGCGCUCGGAUAUGUAUAAAGAUUAUUUGAACUGUUCGCGUAAGAAAAUCAAAUCAAUACCAAAUUUAUUCGGUGUGAAGCGUUAGGCUGGGCAUAGAAAGAACUCUACGGAGAGUGAGGGCGUGAUUUAUUGUCGCAGUAAAUGAAAUUGUUUAACUACUAAUGUACUUUAUACCGUCACACAGCUUGUUAUUUUUAAGUAUGCAGCUUAAAAGCUACGGAUUAUUGAGAAAAGGAAUUGAAUAGAUUGUUUAUGGUUGAGCAUAUUUUUUUUGUUGUUAACAAUUAACUAUUUAUAUUUUUAUAGACUUAAUAUUUAUAUUCGCAGCAGAAACUAUUAAAUUUUAGUUAGUUUUAUAAUAUGUGGCAUUAACCGGUUAAAGCGCUUAUUACAACAAAUAUUUUUGUUAUACAGCUUUCGACUCCCUUUAGUAUAGUUUUUCAAUGAAAAAAAAAAGAAAUAAUAGGCACAUUUGUUAAACUAAUAAAGAAGAAGUAAAUGUAAACUAAUUUAGGCAAAUUGUAAUAACUUCUGGAAAUCGCAUACGUAAAUAUCUGGUGCAUUUCUUGGAGUAAUAUUAUCACAAAGGCAAAAUAGCUGAAUUGGUGUAGACGCAUGUCGCAUGAAUACAUACAUACAUAUACAUAUUACAUGAUUACUUGUUUGCAGAUGAAUACACUAAGUACAUAAGUUUGUACAUACAUAAAAAUAAAAUAUGAAAAUACAUAGAGUUAUAGCAUAUAUGUCUAAAUGUUAAUUGUACUAUGGUAUGUAAUUGAAAACAGCAUACAUAUACAUACAUAUUAAAAAUGUUCAAUGUUUUGAGCAUUUUCAAGAAUAAACUGCCAAUGCUUAUUUAA